AUGAAUGAGUGGGGGAUGGUUUCAGCUGGUGAGGUGGGGGUCACUGGUGGGAAUGACGGCUCCUUGGUUCUCAAUCUGCUCGAGAUGUCCCAACCUGGUGGUGAAGCAUAUGUCCUUGGUGAUGGGUCUGUUAGUUGUGUCGGCGCUGUUUCAACAUUUCCGAAAGUCAAACUACCUUCCUCUCUAGCGCGGCAUUUCUUCCCUUCUGAUACUUAUUUCCAUUAUUCCUCUGAUGUGGAACAGUCAUUCUUAUUGGGAAAUGAGUCUGUUAUGGUCUCCCGAGCCAUGCGUGAUGUUUUCAUUGGGCCCGAAGGGAAAAUCUUCACAAUUUUUGAAUCUGGGGACAUAGCUCUACUUCGGUCUGAUAAUGACAAGGCCUCUGAAUUGACUCCGCUGCAACCGCGUCUGUCUCCAAUGCUGUCGGAGAGGGUGUCCAAGGAAGCAGAAUUUAUUGACAAUGACGGAGUGCAUCUAAGACAGGAUCGGCUCUUCCCAGGAUACUGCGUUUCCGGAGUUCACAGGGAGUCGCGUCGAUUUGCUCUUGGCGGCAGAUGGGGAUGCUUGGGAAUCUACGAGAUCAUCGAUGGUGGGUGA